AUGGCAUGCCCCUUUACAACUGCAGUGCGGGUGGUACUUUGCGUCGCUGUACUCAAAAUUCUGUGCGACGCCAUUAAUUUCCGCCGCUUCAUUCGGGCACGGGUCACGUACGGUGGGGAAGGUGAAAGGGCUUCGAACUUCAACUAA